GCGUCUCCUGGCCGGCCACGGGCCUGGGUUUGUAGGCGAGAGCGUGAGAUUUUUUUUUUUUUUAAAUCGCUUUUGGCGCCUCCGUGGGUGAGUUUAAGCGGAGAGUGCGGCGUGUUUUCCACGGGGACGUCCCCUCCGUGGACCGUCCGAAGCGGGAAGAGGACUCUGCGGUUUAAGGACACCGGGAAGGGAUGCCCUGGGCAGACACCUGCCCCGGGCCGCUGGGGUGGGCUUCGGGUGGGUCGAAACGCCUGCUGUGGCCUUCGCUCGUGCUGCUGCGUGGACAAGUCGUCCACCAGUGACUUAUCAGCCCACUUCACUCCUACGGCCCGCGAGGCACGGUGCCGUGAUUGCCAAGACUUCUUCAUUUUCUGGGCGAUGUUCCCGUUCGUGAUUAACCCUGAACUUUUUUUUUUUUUAAAUCACAGGAGUUGACAUUUCCUGCAGUUAAGCUCAACAUUCUUGUUCUUGCAGCACGAUGGGUUUUCUUGUGGGGAUUCGAACCGAAGCCCCUGUGGAGGAAAUGUUGUCCUUAAGGGAAGUGAAUGGAAACAACCCGGUUUGAGGAAGCCAUGGCCAAAUCCAACACGAGACACAGGACGUGUUCCCAGGGAUCUUCCAUCUCUUCUCUCCUGGCAAGCUGUGACCUGAGUGGGAGGAAUUCCUCGAACCCUGACGGCUCGUUCCACUUCAAGAACAAGCUGUACAGUUCUGCCUCUGAGGCUCUGCAGGCCUAUAUCGAGGACUAUGACCUAGGCCGGAUGCAUGCAGGUGCAGGUGCAAACCCUGGGGGAGUGAGCCUUGACACAGGGUCUGCUCGUGCGCGCCGGUUCUCCAGCCAUAGUUAUCCGUCACACAGUGCUUUUGAAAAUCUUGAUUGCAUAAAGCACUCCAACUCCUUAAACCUACCCAACAGAAGAGAGACUUUUAAAGACAUAGACUCUGUCAGCCUAACAACUGACGAUCUGCUGAAACUUCCAGCGGAUGGAUCCCUGGAUCUCACUUACGUCCGAGCAGGGCAUCGAGCAGGCAAGAAAAACAAGAAAAGCUUCGGAAGAUUGGGUUCGCUGAGCGUUGAACAGAGUUCAGACUUCCAAGACCCUGCCGCUCCCAUGGACAAGGAUAGAUUAGUCACUCCUGUUGUGUACACAUGCAAAAGUGGAAAGCAGUGUGGGAGGCUAAAAAACCCCAAACUUGUGAAUAGGACCAAUAAAUGCAUUUCUGAAUCAUCUUCCUCUUUCCCCAAGAAGUCACCUUUCAAGGACAGGUCAGAACACAGCGCUGAAAAGAAUUAUCCGAGAUGGCUCACGAGCCAGAAAUCCGACCUGAAUGUCUCAGGAGUCACUAGUAUACCCGAUUCCAAAUAUCCAGUCUGGCUCCACAGUCAAGAUUUGCUACCCGACGCGAACGGUCAGCAGGCUUAUACAGCAUUUAAGGAAGAUCCAUGCUCCCCCAGACACAGUUAUCAGGCCCAAAGAACUUCUCGGCUGACGAAUAAAUGCGAUGGUUUUGAAUACGCUUUGGAACCCUCAAACUUUUCUAAUGCCUUGAGUGUUGAUAAAGGAUUAGAUAAUAAAUACAAAUGUGAUCCUGAACAUAGCCACUGUCAGUGUGAAAAUCCACUUCUCCCAGGACAAGCCAAAAAACCAUUCAGUGGUGACAAAAUUGAAUUGCUUAUCCUGAAGGCCAAGAGCAAUCUAGAGCAGCGUGGUGAAGACUUACCAAGGGCCGUGCAGAAGGAUGACAGUCCUUGCUCCUUAGAUAAACUUGAAGCAGAGCGAUCAUGGGAAAAUGUUCCUGUUCCUUUCAAAUCUCCUGUCCCUGUCAGCUCUGAAGAUAGUCCUCGUGGAAGUGCAAGGGUUAAGUGUGCCAACCAGGUUCUUGAAGACUUCUUAAAUAAUGACGAUCAGAGUUGUACCCUUUCUGGAGGCAGACACCAUGGUCCUGUUGAAGCCCUGAAACAAAUGUUAUUUAAUCUCCAAGCAGUACAAGAAAGCUUUAAUCAGAAUAAAAGUACGGAGCCAGAGGAAGGACUCAAGCAGAGUUCAGAAGAUGAUUUCUCUACAUUACAAUUGAGAGAAAGUAUGAUUCCCAUUACAAAGUCACUUCAAAAGGCCUUGCACCAUUUGUCUCGCCUGAGAGAGCUGGUGGAUGACACCAGCGGGAAACAGCCACCGAAAAUGUGAAGAGGACCGCAAACCACCGAUAAUAAAUAGCGA